AUGGGCAAUUCAUUGGUUACUGCUACGUACUGUGAUCUGAACCCAAUGGCAAUGCAAGUAGUGCAAGGGAAAUGGCCUCCUCCUGUCAGCUACACAUUGAAACAGAAACAUAACGACAGAACAGAAAAUGAAGUUGCUGAAUCAAAUGACUGGAUGAGCCCUGGAUAUGCUAAUGCUGGCAGCAGCCCAGUUCCUACACCCCCUUCAGGGAAAGGUUUAAAAGCAUCCACCAAGCCUAAGGCUACGAAGGGCCAGAAAUCUGGUCCUCAGACCCCUUUGGGUUUUGGUUCUCCGGGCAAUCCUUCUACUCCUGUUGGUGGCUGCCGCUAUGAUAGCUCCCUCGGGCUCUUGACAAAGUUCCUGAACUUGCUAAAAGGUGCACCUGGUGGCAUUGUUGAUCUGAAUAAUGCUGCAGAAACUCUAGAGCUGAUCACAGCUGAAAUGUUGAUCACAGCUGUUCAUCUACUACCACACAGCUAA